AUGUCAUCAGAGCAAGAUGCAGUCCUCAAGUCUCUUGAAGAAACCAAGGUCGAUUACAGGCGGCUUGGCAACAGCGGACUACGCGUUUCCGUGCCCGUGUUGGGUGCGAUGAGCUUUGGUAGCAAAGAAUGGCAGCCGUGGGUCAUUGAGGAGGAGGAGGGGAUAGCACUUCUGAAAGCUGCUUAUGACAGGGGCCUAAACACAUGGGACACAGCGAACAUCUACAGCAACGGCGUGAGCGAAGAGAUAAUCGGGAAAGCGAUCAAAAAGCACAACAUCCCGCGUGACAAGCUCGUGAUCCUGUCAAAGUGCCGCACGUAUGUUGGCGAAAAACCCAGUGUGAAUACCGGCAAGCACGGAGACAAAAAGGUAUCCCAGACCAAGGACUACGUCAACCAAGGCGGUCUUUCGAGGAAGGCCAUCUUCAAGGCUGUGAACGACAGCCUGAAGAGAAUGGACACGCCGUACAUGGACCUGCUCCAGAUCCAUAGAUUCGACCCGGAGACCCCUAUCGAGGAGACGAUGGAGGCAUUGCACGACCUCGUCAAGGCUGGAAAGGUACUACAUAUCGGGGCCAGCUCAAUGUGGACCUACCAGUUCGUAAUGAUGCAAAACUGCGCGGAGAAGCACGGCUGGACCAAGUUCAUCUCCAUGCAGAACCAUUACAGCUUGCUCUACCGCGAGGAAGAGCGCGAGAUGAACGCAUACUGCCGCCUGACAGGCGUCGGCCUACUCCCGUGGUCGCCACUUGCCCGUGGCCACCUUGCGCGGCCGCCGUCUGAGCAGGGUAGCACUGAGCGCUCCAAGGGCGAGGGGCAGUCGGACACGUUGACGGGCCAUCUCGAGGUCGACAAGAAGAUCAUCGAGCGUGUGCAGGAGCUGGCGAAGAAGCAUGGCUGGACGAUGAGCCAGGUUGCUCUGGCCUGGAUCAACACCAAGGUUACCAGCCCGAUUGUAGGGUUUUCCAGCGUGGAGAGGAUGGACGAGGCGAUUGGGGUGCGGGGGAAGUCUCUGACAGACGACGAGAUCAAGUAUCUCGAGGAGUUGUAUCAGCCAAGGCCAAUCGAGGGCCACAACUAA